AAACGUUUCAUUAAGGGCUUGAGGCAGUACGGCAAGAACUUCUUCAGAAUCCGAAAGGAGUUGCUGCCCAACAAGGAGACUGGAGAACUAAUCACCUUCUAUUACUAUUGGAAGAAAACCCCUGAAGCAGCAAGCUCUCGAGCCCACCGUAGGCACCGCAGACAGGCUGUGUUCCGGAGAAUUAAAACCAGAACUGCUUCCACUCCAGUCAACACUCCCUCCAGACCCCCCUCCAGUGAAUUCUUGGACCUGAGCUCGGCCAGUGAAGAUGACUUUGACAGUGAGGACAGUGAACAGGAGCUGAAGGGCUACGCCUGUCGCCACUGCUUCACAACCACCUCCAAGGACUGGCACCACGGCGGGCGAGAGAACAUCUUGCUGUGCACGGAUUGUCGCAUUCACUUCAAGAAAUACGGAGAGCUGCCCCCCAUCGAGAAGCCUGUGGACCCCCCACCCUUUAUGUUUAAGCCUGUCAAAGAGGAAGAUGAUGGCCUCAGUGGGAAGCAUAGCAUGAGGACACGGCGGAGUCGAGGCUCGAUGUCUACACUACGCAGUGGUCGUAAGAAGCAGCCAGCCAGCCCUGAUGGUAGAGCCUCCCCCAUCAACGAGGACAUUCGCUCCAGCGGCCGCAACUCGCCCAGCGCCGCCAGCACCUCCAGCAAUGACAGCAAAGCUGAGUCUGUCAAGAAAUCCACCAAGAAGAUAAAAGAAGAGGUGUCUUCUCCUCUCAAGAACUCCAAGAGGCAGCGGGAAAAGGCAGCGUCUGACACAGAGGAACCUGACAGGUCCAAUGCCAAAAAAUCCAAAACUCAAGAGAUCAGCAGGCCAAACUCCCCCUCGGAGGGUGAGGGUGAAGGUGAGAGCUCUGACAGCCGCAGCGUCAACGACGAAGGGAGCAGCGAUCCCAAGGACAUCGACCAGGACAACCGGAGCACCUCCCCCAGCAUCCCCAGCCCCCAGGACAAUGAGAGCGACUCAGAUUCAUCUGCCCAGCAGCAAGUGCUGCAGGCACAGCCCCAGGUGCUGCAGGCACAGAGUGGCUCUGCCCAGGCUCCUCCUGCUUUG